UGCCAUGGAUAGAGUAAACCAGUCAGCAGAUUCUGAGUCUAGUAGACCGCUCCAAAGCAAGAAUUUGCACCAGCAUUCCUUUGUUUAAUAAUCUUUCAAUUUAUCGGUCGGUACAAGCGGAAUAAAAACCGAGAAGAAAUCCUCUCUAGCAUCUGAAGAAACAGGUGAACGCACAGAGAUUCAACCAGGUAACUUGAGAAAUUAAAGAGUGAGUUGAUACUCGAGACAGCACAUUCUAUAGAGAACCGAAGAAGGGGAAAACAUCCACAUGCCCAGAGGACGACUUUGAUGGCAAUGCCUUUUUCUAGUUUCACGAUCAUUAAUCGCGAAUCGACUCACCUGGCGAGCAGCGACCGCGUUCGUUCCACGGCUAACUUUGUUUUAAAUGUAUCAGAUUAUUUUUUGUGCGGCAAUUGUGGUGCUCUUUCAGGUGUGAAUCCGGGGAUUCGCUAUUGAUAAAACUUUUUGACGUUUUGGCAUUGGUAAUCGUGCGGCUUCUUCCCGGGACUGUUUUGUAAUUCUCUAAUAAAAGUGAAAAUUCUUGUUAUACUUUUGUGUGAACAUUUGUUAAUCUUCGCGAUUGUUUAGAUGGAUUAUAAUUAGUACAGAAAGAUAAUGAUGACGAUGGAGUACCCAAUCGCCCAGCACAAGUACGCCUACUCCACGGUGUCUUCGGAAACCCUGAGCGGAAGCUGCGGCAGCAGAAACAACCGAAUCCGAACGAUUCGGUUGAAGAGGCGAAACAGUGGCAAUUCGCCCCUUUCCACCAUCAACGGGAGACAUGCCCCCGCUCUGGGAUUCAGCCUUCGAGGUGGACACGAGCAUGGAACGGGGUUUUUCAUAUCCCACGUGGAGCCUGGAUCUGAGGCACAUGCUCAAGGAUUGAAGGUUGGGGAUCAAAUUAUCCGCAUUAAUGGGUUUACGAUUGAGGACGCAAUUCACAAGGAAGUUCUUCAAUUGAUUUCCAACCAUCACCAUCUAACCCUCAAAGUUAGAGGUGUGGGAAUGAUUCCAGUGAAAGAGAAGAAAACUGAUACACUCAGCUGGCAGAUCAUCUCCGAUACAAAUUCAUCUCCAAGAUCGUCACCACAAUUCGUUGAAAAGAACUGUGACGUUAGAAUAAAUAUUAUGGUUUCGCCAAGGUCGAAACUUGGAUGUGGGAUAUGUAAAGGCCCUGACUGGAAGCCCGGAAUUUUUGUUCAAUUCACCAAAGAGGCCGGAAUCGCUAGAGAAGCAGGCUUGAGGCCAGGUGAUCAAAUAUUGCAGUGUAACAAUGUUGACUUCUCCGAUAUUCCGUUCAAUGAGGCCGUCAAUCUGAUGAAAAACUCACGUCAGCUGGAUUUACUUGUAAGAAAAGCAUCUAAUGCUGAGCUGUUCCCAGGAGAAUCAAGCGGUUACAACAGUUCAGCUAGUUCAGUAACAGAGGAUCAAAGUCCACCUUGGGUAGACCCUAAACGCCUUUCGAUAGUCAAAGAAGAAAACCAAAACUUAGACGAACGAUUGAACAAUCAUAGGAGAUUGCAGAAAACAGCCACCUCCCCAUGUAAGGAGUGGAACUUAUCUGAAUGGGAUGAAGAACCUCAGGAAAAGAAUGUUUUCAAGCCCACAAUUAUAAACUUAUCCGAAAACGGAACUACGAUAAAAAAUAAUGGAACCGAGUGCCAAACAAUUGCCCAUGAUACGGAAAAUGAAGAUAAUGAAGAAUGUCAAGUGCCACCACAACAGGAUACCAAAAUUGUCGUUGACGUACAUAGGAGUAAUGAAGAGGAUACCAACGAUUGCUCAAACAGGUUAACGAAGAGUCCUUCUGGUAGUAGCCUAACCAGCAAAGCUAGCUUUACCAGUGCUGCCAGCAAUAGUUUGUCGUCGGCUCUUUCAAUGGAAAUAUCGCGACGGGUGAAAAAUAGAGCUGCGAAGGUGGAAGAGUCAAUUGACGAACUACUACAAAAAAAGAAAAUGCUCAACGGAAUAAGUACAGACCAGCAGUACCAACACAAUAAAUUGAUGAAUGAAUUCAAAGAGGCUCACCAAAAAAUGUUCAAGUCCCCCAGCGAGUUGGAGUGCUCCAAAAAAAUGACGGCUUUGGGGAAAGAAACAAUGGAACGUCUGGCACACAAAGAACUAUCACAAAAGCUUUCUCACAAACUGCUCAAUCUUGCCAACAGUGAUUUGCAAGACAGAAGACUGCAAACAGAUGAUGAAAAACUUCCUCCACCUCCACCUCCUCCACCGCCAUCAAAAACAUCUUCAACAAGCGCUGCAACUACUCCUGUGAUCGACACUCAACCAUCCAACAUCCGAAUCAAUACACUCAAAUCCAACAAAACCAAACCAAAAGCACCCCCUGUUCCCGCCAAGCACUCCGUCUUGUCUUUUCGUCAACCUCCACCGUGCCCCACCCCAGACUAUGACACAAUUAGUCUUUCCUCCACGUCUUCUACCAUAAAGCCCACCAACCAGCUCAUUCAAGAAUCGGUGGAGAUGGACUCCUUGGACUCAUUCAAAAUGAACAACCCUGCGAGUAACAACCCCAAACCGCCUAGUACAUAUUUCCAGAAGAAGCUGUUAUCAGCCCAGUCUUCCAAUGCGUCUAUUUCUUCGGCAGGAGCUCUGGAGAAGCCCAAAUCAGUAAGCGUCACCAUAGGGGAGUAUCCUUCUGCGAGGAGUCAACCAGGAAGGCUUGAUUUCUUGAAGAGGGGGGAGAAGAGCUAUACGGGUGGGUCAUUGGCUCACGAGUUAUCCCAGACAUUGAAAAAAUCCAAUCUUAGAAAAAGAACAGAGUCUAUGGAAAACUUGUUCAGCAGUCCGCAAAUCAAGCCUCAGAGUAACGGAUCUGUGCGGAUAUCCGUGAGCAAUUUGUCGAGAGAAUUCGCAAAGUCCACGAAUGAUUUGACGGAGGAUUUCGGAACGAAAUCGGGAAACCGUGUCAAGAUCAAUAUUAAUCAAGCCAAAUUUGGUUCAUGAACAAAACAGAGGUGCAAUAAAUAAUGGAGUUAUAGAACUCAUUUAUACAGUCAGUUAUUUUUCAUGGCUAUGAAGAAAGUGCAAAUAUUAACGUUUACACAUAUUACUAGUAUGUUAUUUAGAGUUAUGUGCUUACUUACAGAUAUUGUUGAAUGUACUUUAUUACUCGAUCAAAUAAAAAUUAUAAUGAUAUGA